UUUUUUUAGUGUUUUGUUUAAAUCUUUCAUAGAUCAAUGUCUUCGACAAGAAAGAAGCGCCCAAAACCAAAAUCCGAUUCAUCUUCAACCUCUUCUUCUUCAGUUAGCUGGGUGAUUGAACCGCCACAAAGCUUAUUUCCAUCGAAGCGAGAGUUUUUGAGGCUCGUAGCCGUACUCGCUAUCGCAUCUUCAGUCGCUGUGACCUGCAAUUACUUUAGUAACCUUUUUAACCCCACACAAAGCCCUUUCUGCGAUUCCAACUUAAUAGACUCCCCAGAUUCUCUUACAGAUAAUUGUGAGCCCUGUCCAAGUAAUGGGGAGUGUUAUCAAGGCAAAUUGGAAUGUCUUCAUGGCUAUAGAAAGCAUGGGAAGUUGUGUGUAGAAGAUGGAGAUAUAAAUGAAACAGCUAAGAAACUCGCUGAGUGGGUGGAGAAUAGUAUAUGUAAACCGUAUGCUCAACUUUUGUGCGAUGGAACUGGAGCAAUCUGGGUUCAAGAGGACGAAAUAUGGAAUGAUUUAGAUGGACACAAGUUGAUGGAGAACUUCAGGUCAGACAACACUACUUACUUAUAUGCAAAGAAAAGGACAAUGGAGAAUUUUGGUAGAUUUCUCGAGUCGAGGACGAAUUCUUAUGGUUUUCCUGUCUUUUUUUUCUGUGUUAGGGUCAAAGAGUUGAAGUGUCCAGACUUGCUAACAGAACAAUACAAACCAUUCUCUUGUCGCAUACGUCAAUGGGUCUCCCGGCAUGCUCUAAUUAUUGUGCCUGUUUGUGCAUUGGUACUCCAUUUUAAAAGGAAACCUUAGAGUUCUUUAGAUUUAGUACAACCUGUUGAAGCUUGUUGACUUUAUUAAGAUAUACAGCUCAUGGCAUGCUCAUUGUUACUUUGGAAAGUCCAUCGAAGACGAUAUUUAUCAAUCAGAGUUGAAGAGCUUUACCAUCAGGUUUGUGAGAUACUUGAAGAGAGUGCUUUGAUGUCAAAGGGUGCAAAUGGUGAAUGUGAACCAUGGGUAGUUGCCUCACGACUGCGAGAUCAUCUUCUUUUGCCCAAGGAAAGGAAGGACCCUGUGCUUUGGAAGAAGGUA